CAGGUUGCUUAAUAGGUUAUCUUAUCUAAACCGUGCGGCGUAUAGAUCGAGAGAGUUCUCACUAGGUGCUCAGCAAGCGACGUUAGCAUCCUGAACGAUUCAUGGCAGUCGCGCAAUCUCUGGAAUACCUAUCUCAGGCGCAGGUUGACAAGUUCUAUAGGGAUGGGUACUUAAUCGUCCCUCAUUUUCUCUCUCACGACCAGACGAGUUCUCUUUUGAUGCGGGCAAAGGAGCUUCUUGGUGCAUUUACACCAGAGGACCAUCCCCUGACCAAAUUCACAACAUCGGAUAAGGACCACGUCGGUGACGACUACUUUCUGACUUCAGGCGAUAAGAUCCGCUAUUUCCUUGACGAAGAUGCUGUCGACAGUAGUGGGAAGCUUACCAGGGAUAAGACAAGGGCAGUGAAUAAGAUCGGUCACGCCCUGCACGAAUUGGACCCUGUGUUCCGGGACGUUACUCUGGAAAACGACCGACUGAAGGCUCUAGCCCGCGAUCUGCGAUUCCACCACGAUCCAGUUGCAUUGCAAUCGAUGGUUAUAUUCAAACAGUCUCAGACCGGUGGCGCAGUGCCCGAACAUAACGACUCUACGUUUCUUUACACGUCACCCCCAAGUGCUCUUGGGUUUUGGAUAGCUCUUGAGAAGUGCACACCCACGAACGGCGCCCUGUCAUUCUUGCCCGGGUCCCAUCUAACAACUCCGAUCACGAAGAGAUUUAUACGUUUACCAGGAGGUGGCACCGGUUUCGAGCAGCUUGCCACCCCUCCGACUCCUUCGUCCGACCUAAAGGAGGAAACGAGCGAGAUUGCGCCAGAAGGUACAUCAGAAGGAAAAUAUGUGCUGGAAGUUUGCGAGCCAGGUGAUCUUGUCCUCAUCCACGGCAGUGUCCUUCACAAGUCAGAGCGUAAUACUAGUGCUCAUACAAGAUUUGCAUAUACUUUCCACAUGAUUGACUCCUCCCCUUACGUCAAAUACGACGAGAAGAACUGGCUUCAGCCUACUGAAGCAAUGCCUUUCUCCAGAAUCUUGGACGUACCAAAUGGAAGUACUCUUUCCACUGCUGUACAUUAGCCAGAUGAAUAUUUGUCUGUUUAGAAGAUUGUUGUGCACGAGAAAUUCAGUUGCUAACAUACUAUCUUCGUAUUGCCCAAAUAUUUAUCCAUACACCAUGCUGUAAUAACAUAUUACAAUACUUGAACUUUUGCCCUGGACAGCAGAGUC